AAACAUGGAGCUAACAUGGAAGUUAACAUAGUAUUUCAUAGUUCAUCCACAGUACUUUUUCAUCCAUGUACUCAUGAUUUAAUAGUAUAUCACUGUGGUUUAUGUGAAGAAAAUGAAAGUUCAUUAUGUGCUAAUUAUUUACACUUGUGUGUUUUUCAGAAUGGGCUCAAAGGGCCCAUGGCUGCUUUUCUAAUGCAGAGCCGAGACAAUCCAAUGAAAGCUCUUGGCCUGGCCAUCAGCAUCAUUACUGUGAUUGUUUUGGUGACAGUUAUGAUCUCCACCAUCAUGUACUUUCGCAACACAAAGUCCAACAGGAUCAAACCAGCGCGCCGCAUCAUUCGCAGGAGGCCCAAAGAGCCGCGCCGUUGGACCUUCAGGCCGUGGUUUGGACGGAGCGACCUGAGCUUUGGAAAGUUCUUCACUGAUGAUGAGACGAGGGACAACACAUACCACAGCAGCCCCAGAGCCAAGCCGCCGGCCCCCAGCGCUCCGGUGCUCCCUCCUCCGCCUCCGAGCGAGCGGCUGCGGUCAGUGCCCACGGUGUCCGGCUCCCUGGCCUCCAGAAACACCAGCCGCAGCUCCAGCUGGAGGACCAGCAAAAGCACAGACGGCGCCCAGAGAUCUGGCCAAAACAAAGACGGCAGUGGCAUCAGCUCCGCUCUAGUGUCUGAGCUUAAAAUGAGAAUAGAACAGAAAAUCAAUGAGGCAAAUCAAGGCUACUAUUACUGACACACUGACCGGUGUGAGUAACAGAUACGAUGCGUAUUUGAUGGACCGCUGGACGCUUGAUGUUACGAACAGCUCGCUGAGAAGAAUGUUUAUUUUUUUGUGAAAGUGUUUUUAAAGUGGCCGUCUGGUUUACCCUUAAGUGUUUCUGUUUUUCAACAUGCUGUACAGUCAUUUAAGAUUUCUAUAGAUUAUUUAUGUGACUUGUAUGUACUGACUGUAUUUCUUCAGCUUUUGCCUUGAGGAUCUUUGGUAAAAGUCUGCAGACUGUAUGGACAUCGGACUCUCAUUUGUAGUUACUGCUGUCAAACCUUUUUUUUUUUUUAUUGUUUUAUAAAGAGUUUUUCACUGAUAUUUUGAAAGUUUUUUAAUUUUCCUGUACAUUUUCUGAGAAAGAGAGCAGAUGAACAUCCAUGUGCUAUUUGCUGUAGGGCAUAUCUGAAUGUCAAAUGUGUUUAUCAUGAAUCAUCAUAUCAAGUCUGUGCUAUAACUGAAUUUAGAAAUAAAAAUUUUUUAAAGUGUUAUCUAAAGAAAUUAAAAGAGACUGAUGU